AUGAAGCACGCCGUCAUCUUCCCCGCGCUCUUUGCUUCGGCCUUUGCUGCGAGUAUUCCUGCUCAAGUCUACGAGCACAUCCACGGGCGUGCCGCCGCGCUAGCUCCUGUGUGCAAUUUCGAUGCGCGCUCUUUGGGCGAUGCAAACACCGUCGUUCAUGUCGAGAAGCGCGACUUGAAGCAGACCACUUGGAACCCGCCAUCCAACCUCGUGACUCCACUCAAGCAAGUGUGGGACCAUGAGAUGUCGACCUACUCCAAUCCUCUUGGGUUCAUGAACUUCGGGUACGACCAAGUUAUGGCCGGCCAAGGCAAGAUCAACUAUUGCGUGCGCUGGGACUCAUCCGAGUCGGUGACGGCGGAGCAGCGUACGCAGGUCGAAACGGCCAUUCGACGGCAGUUCAACAAGUGGAUCGCUGUUCUCGCCGGGUUCGAGAAAUUUCCGUACAACACUGUCGAUGUCAAUGUCGUGGGAUGGGCGGUGAGAGAUGCCUCGCUUCUGAGGGGAGACACCUCGGGGAUCCAGGUCUAUACUGACAGGGACUCGGGCGGCGUCCCUCAGUGCAGCGAGGCCUGCGGCCGCUUCUUCCAUCAGAACAACGACUAUAGCAGGUGCGCUGCCGGACAGGCUCGUCAUUACGACCAAUCGCUCUGGCUCACGGCUGGUUUCCAGGGCGGUGCCGGGGGCGACUGGGGACAGCGCGUCGGCUCCGAGUACUUCAUGCAGAACGUCAACGCCGAUAAUAUCCACAUCGUGCUGCACGAACUCGGACAUACUUUCGCGCUCGACGACUUCUAUGACUGGACUCCGACGGGGGUCACGAACUUCAUUAUGCGGGCUGGGAGCGCAAUGGAGAUUACGGAGUUCGAUGCCUGGAUGUCGAGGGACUGGUGGAGGAACUUGAAAAGUCGGUACGGUCUGUAG